AUGGUCUUUAAUCUACUAUCUGACGCUCCCCCCGUGUCCAAUUGUCUGGAUGGUUCCGCCAUUGAGAAGCUCCGCGCGGGGGGAGCUUCCGCCGCGCACCCCCCGUGGUUCCGCACAUGCCCUCCGCAAAACCCUUCCCCCGGCCCUUCCGCUGGCGCAAGCUCCGCUGCCGCUGCUGCUGGGCCAAGCGGGAAGCUUGAGUCCUGCGUGGUGCCGCCUUACCCCGGCCACGUCAUCAUGCUCCGUGACGUGUACGUCGAUCUACACGGCCACGUGUUCAACGGCACGCACCGCUUCGUCUUCGGCGGGGGUCCACGUGGAUCCGACGUGUCCGGAAAACCAGGAGAGGGCGUCACGAGCGAGUUUUCUUAUCCAAAGGGGACUACAGCGGUGGUAUAUGAGCACGUGUUGCAUCUCUUUCCCCCCCAUAUAAGCACAUCCGCGCACGCGCGCGCGCACGGGGAAGCAGCAGGCGCGGAGGGCGGGGAGCGGGGGGAGGGGCGCGAGGCAAGGGGGGAGUCUGUGCGCGGGCGAGCUGCGAUCUAUAGCCAUCAGUUAUUUGGAUUCGACCUGGCCUCGCGAGCACUGCACGCACCCCCAAAGUUCGGCCAGGGGGGAGGGGACGGGGCGAGGGAGGCACACCCCCUCUUCGUUCACUUCCUCUUUGUCUUCGGCCACGGGGGAGGGGGAAGGGAGGGGGUGAAGGAGGCACACUUCCUCUUCGUGCACUUUCUCUCUGUCGUGAGUGCUCUGAUUGACUUUAGAGUUGACUUAGAGGCUAGUUUGGGCACGGAGGGGGAGGGGAGGGGGAGACGGGGCAAGGGAGACACGCCCCUUCUUUGUGUCCGCUUCAACCACCCUCCCCUUGUUCCCCGUCUUCCCCCCCUUUUCCCCCUCUCUCCCCCCAACGCACCCGCCACUUCCUCCCCCCCUACGGCCUUCCACCCUUCAUUCUAUCCUUCCUGUCAUUGUGUAUCUUUCUGCUCUUGUCUCACUUUCACACCCUCCUCCCCCCUUCUCCCCUCCCCCACUCCCCCCGGGCAGCCCUCAUACCUCUCCUGCCCCUCCCCUUCCCCCUCCCUCCUCCGCCUCCCCCGCGCCCGCCCCUUCCUCCCCCUCUCGUUCCUUCCCUCCUUCCUCCCGGCCUCCCUCCCCCUCGCUCCCCUCUUUCUCUUUAUGUAUUUCUGCUCUUUCCUCUGCAUACCACCUUACUCCCCUCUUCCUCUGCGCUCCCCUCUUUCCCCCUCUCCCCCCACACCACCCCACCCCCCGCAGCCCUCGUUCCUCUCCUGCGCCUCCCCCUCCCCCUCUCUCCUCCGCCUGGCCCGCGCCCGCCACUUCCUCCCCCCAGACGGCCUCCCCUCCUUCCUCCCCUCCUUCAAACCCCACUCCCCCCCGCCCCUCUUUCUUUCCGCGGAUGGGCUCUCAUCAGGGGGGGAGUGGCUGGUGGUGGUGGUGCGGACGGGGUUAGGGGGAGCGGGGGAGAGUGGGGGGGGAGGGGGGGGAGUGGGGGGGGUGGUGGAGGAGGAGGAGGAGAUUGAGAGGGUGGUGGUGGAGAGGUUUGGGGCGGAGAGAGUGGAGAGUUAUCAAGGUCACAUGGGCAUGGACGACGUCAAGAAGCUGUUCAACCGAGCUCGCCUUCUCAUCGGCCCCUCCAGCCUCGCACUCUCCUCCCUCCUCUUCCUGCCCUUCAAUGCUGCUCUUCUCGAGCUGCUUCCGCCUCCUGCUCUCAACACCUCAGCCCCUGCUGGACCAGGUUUGGCUCUAGACCCUGAAGGGUUUGGCAUGCUGGCAGCAGCAGUAGGGAUCGUCCGAUAUGCCGUGCCCUGUGGUCCUCGCAUUGCCACUCACUCGCUCCUUCUUUCCAUCCCCGCUCCUUCCAUUUGUUCGAUCACACCAGGCUCGGUUUUAGACCCUGAAGGGUUUGGCAUGCUGGCAGCAGCAGCAGGGAUCGUCCGAUAUGCCGUGCCCUGUGAUCCUUCCCUGAAGGGCCCUGCUGGUGGUGCUGCAGCAGGGGCAGCAGGGGCAGCAGGGGCAUCGGCUGAGUCAGCAGGAGCGGCAGGUGCAGCGGAAUCAGCGGAAUCAGCGGGAUCAGCGGGAGCAGUGGGAUUAGGCAGCAGUAUGUCGUGCAGGCUUCAUCUGGUGGAGGGGGCACUUGAUGAGAUCAUGAGCGCACACUUCAGCGAUGUCAAACGGUCGGGAGCGGUGGAGGGCGGUGCAGGAGGAGGAACGGGAGGAGCUGUUACCUCCUCUUCUACUGCCUCCUCUGCAACACCAUCCCCUUCAGCAGCAACAGCUGCAGCAGCAGCAGCAGCAGCACCACCACCACCACCACCACCACCACCUGCUGCGGUGGUAACCCAUCCCACCCGGAGCUCCCCUGGUUCAGAGAAGGACGAAGGGCCUCAACCGUCCCCUUGGUAUGAGCUGAACGAGCAGCAGUGGGACGAGCACAGGGAGAACAUUGCAGCAGCUGAGGGGGGCGCAGGGGCGUUUGUGACGCGGCUGUUUAACCUCACCGUACCGCCCGAAAAGGACGAGACAGAGGACGGGGCGGGAGGAGGGGAAGGAGGAGAAGGAGCAGGGGGGGGUGUGAGUGAGGAGGGGAGUGGGAACCAGACAGCAGAGGGGAAUUCCCGCGCUCCUCCUCUGUUUCCGGAUUACUCGGAUCAUAUCCCAGGCACGCGCUUACACACCAAGCGCCAAGUGCUUAUUUUCAACAAGUGGAUGGAGUGUGUUCUAAGAGAGGGAAGGUGGGUGUUUAACGCCACGCCUCGCACUCUACCCUGGGAAUACACGGGUUUUAUGAACAUGUGCGAUCACAAGCAGGUGGAGAAGCGCAAGGGGAAAGCGACGUGGGGAGCUGAUGAGCUGGUGCUGAAAGGGACGAGUCCGGAUAAGUGGACGGUAAGAGAAACACUUAAGUACGAGUAUCUGGUUCCGGAGGAUAAGUGUGGGGCUGCGGCGCUUAAGAAAGUGGUAGAUGCAGAGUUAGGUCCGGAAGCUGCUGCUUCUGCUGGUGCUGCUGGGGCAGAAAAUACAAACGAAGAGGUUCCAGUGUGGAAGAAAUUUGACGGGCUGGAUUUUUGCAAGCGGGCAGCUGGGGCAGCCGAAACAAGGCGCGACAGGCUCUGGAGCAACGACUCGUCCUCGGUAGCAGCGGCAGCAGCAGCAGGGGAGCGGUGGAUGGACGACCCCCGGAGAAUGCACAAGGGAUUCACAGUCUACAUUGUAGGAGACUCGCUCCAAAACCUGUUUGCAGCCACGUUUCUCAACCACAUGCUGUGGCAUGUUAAGAAGAGUGCGGCGUGGGCUUUAAACCGCACCAUCUGCUAUCAGUGGGUGGAGCACAAACCGCACGUGCACUGCCACAUGAACUUCUUCAACACCUCGCAGGACGUUUGCCCUGGGGCUUUUGCUGGUGAUCCUGCUGCUGCUGGUAGUGGUGGUGGUGGUACUGGUGUCGCUGCUGCUGGUGCUGCAGGUGCUGCUGCUGCUGAUCCUGCUGCUGCUGCAGCAGGGGGUAUCGGCACGAACGGCAGCAGCAGCAGCGACGCGGGUGCGUUCGCCAUGCAUUUCACCUCCAACCGCUGGCUCACAGUGGGAGACACAUUCGUUGCCAAAGAAAGCGUUCCCUGGUCCCAGCACGGCGCAUUAGUCGACUCUGACGUGCUCCUAAUCAAUAGAGGAGCCCAUUUUACUGAUGAUGAGGCUUACGUGAGGGACGUGCGGCGGGCGCUGCGUUUCGUCCGGAAGAAUUUUCCGAAUAAGCUGAUUAUCUACAGGAACACUCCCCCGGGGCAUUUUAACUGUACGGAGAAUUUGGGGCCGCUGGCGGAACGACAGCAGAAGGAGAUUUUGCCGUUUAAUUGGGGCGGGUUUGUGCGGCAAAAUGAGCUGGCGAGGCGGUUGGUUGCGGAGGUGGGAGGGAUUUAUAUGGAUGUGGAGGGGGUUAUGGCUUUGAGGCCGGAUGGACAUACCAGCUGGUUUGAAGAAACGCCUCGGGAUUGCCUGCAUUACUGUACACCGGGGCCCAUGGAUUUUUAUGCGCAGUUUGUUUACAAUAUAUUGCUGCAUACCGUUCUGUAG